AAAAUCGAAGAUGAACUGGGUUCCCAUAUUAGUGGCUGCUUUCUGGCUGGGCUUAGUCGAAUCUGAGUCGAACUAUAACUACCACAGACUGCCGACUGCCCUACGACCCCAAAAAUAUGAUUUGCAUAUUCUUACUAUACUGGAUUAUCCAGAGGAUCUCCGCUUUAGCGGCACUUCAAGAAUUGCAAUUGAAGUGCUGCAAAACACCAACAACAUAACGCUGCACUCGAAGAAUCUGCAUAUCAAUGAGUCCCGAAUUGCACUUAAACAAAUUAGCAGUGAGGGAAAUACGGAUAUCUGUGUAUCCUCCACCGAAGUGAAUUCCUUACACGAUUUCUAUAUUCUUAAUACCUGUAAGGAGCUAUUGACUGGCCAUGUCUACGAGCUGACCUUACCCUUCUCAGCUGAGUUAAACAGGCAACUUGAGGGCUACUACCGCAGCUCCUACGUGGAUCCUGUGACCAACGAGACGAGAUGGAUCUCCAUUACCCAGUUCGCCCCGGCGUCGGCACGAUCGGCAUUCCCAUGCUUUGAUGAGCCGGCAUACAAGGCGCCGUUCCUGGUUACUUUGGGCUAUCAUCAAAGUUAUACGGGCCUUAGCAACAUGCCAGUGAAGGAAACAAGGGCACAUGAAUCACUUUCCGAUUUCAUGUGGACGGAGUUUCAGGAGUCGGUUCCAAUGUCCACCUACCUGGUUGCCUAUUCCGUGAAUGACUUCUCCAGCAAGCCAUCCACUUUACCAAGUGGUCCUCAAUUCCGAACCUGGGCACGUAGGAACGCCAUCGAUCAGUGCGACUAUGCGGCUGAGUUUGGUCCCAAGGUUUUGCAAUUCUACGAUGAGUUCUUCGACAUCAAGUUUCCACUGCCCAAGAUCGAUCAGUUUGCCGCUCCGGACUUGAGCUACAAUGCCAUGGAGAACUGGGGAUUGGUGACCUACAGAGAGCCCAGACUCCUCUUCUCAGCUGGUCACUCCUCCUUGGCGGACCAACAGGAAUUGACAUAUGUAGUGGCCCACGAGCUGGCCCACCAAUGGUUUGGCAAUCUGGUCACCAUGAAGUGGUGGACGGAUCUUUGGCUGAACGAGGGAUUUGCCACCUAUGUGGGCAGCUUGGGUGUGGACAACAUCCAUACCGAUUGGCACUCGAAGGACAGACGCUCCCUGUCUUCUCUGAGGACAUCCUUCCGUCUCGAUGCUUUAGUAAGCAGUCAUCCUAUCUCGAGACCCAUUGAGAUGGUCUCGCAAAUCACUGAGAGCUUCGAUGAGAUCUCGUACGAGAAAGGAUCCUCAGUGCUGCGCAUGAUGCACUUGUUCCUGGGGGAGGAGGCAUUCCGGAGCGGACUUAAGUCGUACCUCCAGGCGUACGCCUACAAGAAUGCCGAACAGGACAAUCUUUGGGAGUCACUCACCAAAGCUGCCCAUAAAACUGGCUCACUGCCCAAGGACUACGCCAUCAAGACCAUCAUGGACUCGUGGACUCUCCAAGCCGGUUACCCAGUGGUUAAUGUCACUCGAGACUACGAAGGACGAUCUGCGACGCUCAGUCAAGAACGAUACAUCCGGAACACCGAUAUAAAUAGGAGCGCCUAUGGCUGCUGGUGGGUGCCAGUGAGCUACACCACCCAGGUGGAAAAGGACUUCAACAACACGGCGCCCAAGGCGUGGAUGGAGUGCAGCCAAACUGGCGAAAGUGUGCCUACGACCAUUGAUCUUCUACCCGGACCCGAAGAAUGGGUGAUCCUCAACAUUCAGCUGUCGACCCCUUACAAGGCCAACUAUGAUGCCAGAAACUGGCAGCUCUUGAUUGAUACUUUGAACAGCGAUCAGUUCCAGAGCAUCCAUGUGAUCAACAGAGCCCAGUUCGUGGAGGAUGUCCUGUACUUCGCCUGGACAGGAGAACAGGACUACGGAACCGCUCUGCAAGUGACCAACUAUCUGCAGAGGGAGCGAGAUAUUAUUCCUUGGAAAUCGGCCUUGGACAACUUGAAGUUGCUGAACCGCAUCCUGCGACAAACCCCCAACUUUGGGCUCUUUAAACGCUACAUGAAGCAGCUCCUUACCCCGAUCUAUGAGCACCUGAACGGCACGAACGACACGUUCAGUUCGAUGCAGCAGAAUGAGGUCCUUCUGAAGACCCUGGUGGUCAAUGUGGCGUGUCAGUACCACGUUUCCGAUUGCGUGCCCCAGGCACAGUCCUACUUCCGCAGAUGGCGAUCCGAGCCCGAUCCUGACGAGAGCAACCCGGUUCCACCAAACCUUCGCAGCACCGUGUACUGCACGGCAAUAAGAGAGGGCACCGAAGAGGAUUGGGACUUCCUGUGGACGCGGUUCAGGAGGUCGAAUGUGGGCUCCGAGAGGCAGACCAUCUUGAGCACCCUGGGCUGUUCCAAGGAAGUAUGGAUCUUACAGCGUUACUUGGAGAGGGCCUUCGAUCCCAAGGGAGACAUUCGGAGGCAGGAUUCUUUGCUGAGCUUCCAAGCAGUAGUCUCCCGCGAACAGGGUUUCCCAGUGGCCAAGAGCUAUCUGAUGGAGCAUGUUGACUUUAUGGUUGAAUACUAUUAUCCACAGACAAGAAGCAUGGCCCGACUUUUGCCACCACUGUGCGAACAAAUUUACACUGCAAAUGACCUAAAUGAGUUUAGGGCGUUUGUUAACAAAUCGCAGCAGUCGCUCAAGGGAGUCGAACAGGCAAUUCAGCAAAGCCUGGAGGCAAUGGUUACCAAUGUCCAAUGGAUGGAUCGAAACUAUCCCCAGAUUUUUGACUCCCUCCAGCGGAACUUGUAGAACUUGAAAAUACACAACCGUAUUUUGUUAUAAAUAAAAUAAACCAUUUCU